AUGACCAGAAAAAUCCCAGUGAGUUUUGGAGAACUUGUUUCCUUGUAUGCAGUCGACUUGUCUGAAAACAUGUGGGAAGGUGUCAUAACAGAAGCCCAUCUUAAGAAUCUCUCCAGCUUGCGUGAACUAUCAAUUGGUCAGUUGCGGCCAAAUGUUUCCGUGGUAUUCAACAUUAGUUCUGACUGGAUGCCCUCGUUUAAACUCGUUUAUAUAAAAAUUCAGGCAUGCCAACUUGGCCCCAACUUCCCAACAUGGCUAAGGAAUCAAACCGAGCUCAAGACCAUUGUACUCAACUACGCGAGGAUUACAGAUGUUAUACCGGAUUGGUUCUUGAAUAUGGGUUUGGAACUUAAAGAACUUGAUGUCGCAUACAAUCAGUUACGUGGUAAGAUACCAAACUCACUCUGUUUCUCCUCUGGAUCGAACGUUGAUUUGAGUUCAAACUUUUUUGAAGGACCUCUCCCACUUUGGUCUACUAAUCUGACUACCUUGUAUCUGAGGGACAACCAAUUUUCGGGACCAAUUCCUUCAAACAUUGGGACAGCAUUGCCUUCUCUGACAGAUUUAGACAUCUCAAAAAACAAACUAAAUGGAACAAUUCCCCUGUCUAUAGGAAAUCUGACAGAAUUAACAACCCUAGUCAUUUCAAACAAUCGUCUGUCAGGAAAUAUUCCUCAAUUUUGGGAAAAUAUUCCUAUGCUUUACAUACUUGAUAUGUCAAAUAACAGUCUUUCUGGUACAAUUCCAGACUCCAUAGGGUCUAUACUUUUUCUCAAAUUUUUAAUCCUCUCUAGUAACAAUCUUUCAGGAGAAUUGCCUUCCAGUUUAAGAAAUUGUACCCGACUAAAUAGCCUUGAUAUAGGUGACAAUCAAUUCUCUGGAAAAAUUCCAGUUUGGAUUGGAGAAAACAUGCCAUCGUUGUUAAUUCUACGCUUACGGAACAAUUCUUUUACGGGAAAUAUUCCUUCAGAAAUCUGUAGACUCUCGCAGCUUCACAUAUUGGACAUCUCCAAAAAUAACCUGUUCGGGUUUAUACCCCCGUGUGUUGGAAAUCUGAGUGGCUUUCAGACAGAGUUUACAUCGGAUGAUGCCGCUCGAUAUGAGGGGGGUUUGCGGCUUAUUGCAAAAGGAAGAAUAAUUCAGUACUCGUCCUCGCAGCUGUACCUUGUUAACAGUAUAGACCUCUCAAGCAACGAUUUAUCUGGAGAAAUCCCGUCAGAACUCGCGAGCCUCUUCAGACUGGGAACAUUAAACUUGUCGAUGAAUCAUUUGGGUGGACGGAUCCCGUCAGCUUUUGGGAAGUUAGAGUCGUUAGAAACAUUAGAUCUAUCAAAAAACCAACUGUCAGGGCCUAUUCCAACAACCUUGGUUUCCCUAACUUUUCUGAAUCAUCUGAAUUUGUCAUACAAUAAAUUGUCAGGUAAGAUUCCUUCAGGAAACCAGUUCCAGACACUAAUAGAUCCAUCAAUAUAUAUGGGAAACAAUGCACUCUGUGGGUUUCCCUUAUUGGUCGAAUGUGAUAGCGAGAUUCCUCCACUUCCUGGUCAAAACAACGGGGACAUUGAUGAUAACAACGAUCUCGAAAAGGUUUGGUUCUUCUCUUUUGUGGGAUUGGGAUUUUUCACAGGAUUUUGGGCAAUUUGUGGAUCUUUGAUUCUCAAAAAACAGUGGAGGGAUGCAUAUUUUCAGUUUGUAGAGAGGGUGACUGCACGGAUUUGUGUAUAUUUGCAUAUAAAAUUCUCAAGAAUGGGUCUCAUAUAA